AUGGCAGACGCUCAGGUCUCGCAUCCGACACUGGCCAAUCUGCCGCCUCCCGAGUCCAACCCAGAGACUCCGUCAGAAAUGCCUGGCACGCCCACGAGCACAACGACGUCGCUGUCGGCUCUGUCGACGACCGCCAUCAAGGACGGCCACCGCGGCCAUUUGCACGGCGGCCUGUUCAACCGCGGCCACCAGCACAACCCGUCCGCCACGAGCCUCGAGGCCGAGCGCGCCGACCGCAUCUCGCGCCUCGCCGGCCUCGAGCGAGUGUCGACGCUGCGACCGCCGCAGACGCCCACCAGCACCGGCCGCGCCUCGUCCAUGUCGCCCCAGACCACGCCCACGUCCACGGCCGGCUUCCCGCCCAACUAUCCGUCGACGCAGCACCUGACGCCCGCCUACUUCGACAGCAAUGGCCAGCCCGUCGCCGUGACCAAGAUGAGCACCGUCGGGACCGCUAGUGCAACCGAGAGCCAUCCCGGCGACAGCGAGGACCGCCGAACCGCUGGCGACCGCGACGAGGACAUGCUGAGCAGCACGGAUACCAACUACCGCGAGGCCGAGUCCGUCACGAGCACCGGCGUCGACCACGAUGCCAUGGACGACCUUGAGGGCAACCGCUCCACCGGCACUGGCUUCGACGAUCGCAUGAGCGACGACGGCUCCGUGUCUCUUGUCGGCUUUGGUGAGGGCGCCGGUAGCACCGUCUCGGGCCCCAUCUACCACCGCCGGCCAGUCCCCGGUGCCGCGUUCCAGUGGGGGCUCGAGAGGACCAACUCUGGCCUGAGCGAGGCCAGGCGGGAGCGGGAUUCAUACGCUUCGGGGGGCGGAGACACGCCUAUGAGCGCGGCCGCCAUCCAGGAGCGCCAGUACGCCCGCAUGAUGGACGGCGUGGCCACGGACGGGCCGCCCACGAACCCCAUCUCCCCUGACCAGGACGUCUUUGUCGACACGACCUUUCGCGGACCAGUUCCUGUAGGACGCCAGCCGUCUAGGGAAACGGCCGAGAGCAUCGUGCAGCGCCUGGACAGCGGGGAGUCGAGGGCCGGACCCUCAGGGAUGGGAAGCCCAGGCAGGGCAGGCGAUAAGCUUGGCAGAUUCUACUUUGAAAGCGACAAACGCGAAGAUUGA